CGGAGCCGUCGCUCCUGUAGAGCGGGUCCGACCGAGCUCGGCGGCCUCGCACCGGGCUGUGAGUCCCGGCUCGUCCCAGCGGAGGCGGACCCGCUCCCGAGCCGAGGCUGAGCACCCCGCGGGGAGCUCGGGCACGCCUGUUCCUGUGGGCGCGGUGCGCGGGGAGCGCUGGCGCAGCGGGGCGGGAGCUUCAAACGCUGCGCGCGGGGAGCCCGCGCGUCCGGGCGCUUCGUGCUCGGGCUUGUGUUCAUCCAGCGGGAAAAAUCCGUAGGCGUUUGAGGAGGAAGCUGCAGAUGCUGGAGCACGCCACUGCUGUCCUUUGGCUUACUAGUAAUGCAACUGUUCAAUCCAAAGAAGGUAUUUAGUAAUAAACUAUCUGUGAACUGGAGUCACUACACUUAGAAGACUUGGUUGCAAGUGUUCUUGGAUAAUAAAAGUAGAACUGCUAAAAUCUGCAUUCUGACAACAAGGAAGCUGAAACUAUGGGAGUGACUUAUCUGUGGCAAAUCCUUGAGCCUGUGAGACAGCCUGUCAACCUGAGUAGUCUCAGAGGGAAAACACUUGCUGUUGAUUUAAGCUUGUGGGUUUGUGAAGCACAGACUGUUAAAAAGAUGAUUGGAGUAGUUACCAAGCCACAUCUCAGAAACCUAUUUUUUCGGUUCUCUUUCUUUACAUCAAUGGGAAUUAAACUAGUGUUUGUCAUGGAAGGAGAGGCCCCCAGGUUGAAAGCAGACACCAUGAGCAAGAGGAAUGAGAUGCGCUAUGGACCUUCAAAGAAAGUUGGAGCUGCAAGAACAGGGAGAUCUUUAUUUAAAGCCAUGUUAAAAGAGUGUCUUGAACUGCUGGAGUGUUUAGGUGUCCCUUGGGUUCAAGCAGCUGGAGAAGCAGAGGCAAUGUGUGCAUACCUAAAUGCAAAAGGACUUGUUGAUGGCUGCAUUACCAAUGAUGGAGAUGUUUUCUUGUAUGGAGCUCAAACAGUUUAUAGGAACUUUGCCAUGAAUGCUAAGGAUCCGCAUCUUGACUGUUACACAAUGUCCUCUAUUAAGGAGAAACUUGGUUGUGACAGAGAAUCUUUGAUUGGGCUAGCAGUUCUUCUGGGCUGUGAUUAUCUUCCAAAGGGGGUUCCAGGAGUUGGGAAGGAACAAGCUUUAAAGUUAAUUGAAACUCUGCGAGGUCAAAACUUACUGCAAAGGUUUGAGCAGUGGAAGGAACAAUUUCAGUGUGAUGAUAAUCCACCUUUGGUUGUUAAAAGGGUAAUUCACUGUUCAGAGUGCCAUCAUCCAGGAUCUUACAAGGAACAUGAGCACAAUGGAUGUAAAUUCUGUGAAACUGUGAGAUGCUGCAAACCCAGUGACUCCAAACACUGCUGCCCUUGUGCAUGGCAUCAGUUGGAGCGAGUGAAACAAGCAAAUGCAGUGGAGGACAGUAUCAGAAAAAAAGCCAAGAGUUGUGAGGGCUUUCCAUUCUCUGAGGUUAUCCAAGAGUUUCUUGUAAACAAGAACAAAUUGAUCAGCAUAAAGGAAUGUCGAAGGCCAAAUUUAUUGUCCUUUCAGAUAUUUGCUUCAGAAAAAAUGGAAUGGACCAAACAUUAUGCUUGUAAGAAGCUGUUAGGACUGUUGACAUGUUACGAUAUGAUCCAGAGAAAAUCUGGAUACGUUGACUCAAAGCAGCUGCAGGCAAUACGGAUUGUUAAGACACGUAUUAAAAAUGGAAUUCCUUGUUUUGAAAUUGAAUGGCAAAAACCAGAACAUUAUGUUGAUCCAGAAGAUGAGCCUGUGGAGUUGUUUGUAGUCACAGUAGAAGAAGAGUCUUUGUUUCAGGCUGCUUAUCCUGAUAUUGUUGCCCUCUAUCAAGAGGAAAAGUCAGAAGUUCUUCAGAAGAAACAGAAAAAAAGGAAAAACAGACCAGAAGGAAAGGAAUUACCAAAUGCUUGUGAUGAAGUUACCAAUCUUCUGUCUCAAAUUAAUUUAAAGCCGACAAACAGAAUUCUUCCUGUGAAACACUCCAUGUCAAAUACAAAAGCUCCCUCAGAAGACCAGACCCAGCAGAGAAGUACUGGAUCAAAAGAUGCAGCAUUAGCUGCAGCUUCCUGCCUAACAGCAGUUCACAUGCCAGCAUCAGCUGCUCUUGCUGACUCAUCUGUGCCCUCACAAAGCACUAAAUAUUCAGAGAUAUCAUCCUCUGUACCAGCUGGUCUGCAGCUGAGCAGUACUGAUGGGAAAGGAACCUCCUUCAGCACUUCACCAGCCCGUGGGGGUGAUGACCGUGAUCCAGCAGUUGACUUAACCACAUGCAUAAAACACUCACAUCCACUAGGUCAUGAAACAGUAAGAAAUAGCUCAGAAUAUUCUGAUGUUACACAGUCUGAUAUGCAUUCAGGUAGUGAAGAUGAUUGGUUUUCAAAUGAUGCUAUGGGACAACUUCAGGAGUGGUCUUUAAGUGAGCGAAUACUGAAGAAGGCUCCCAUUCCCUCACAGCCUUUGUCUGAAGAUGUAACGCAACUGGAGUCUUUGAAAUGUUUUAAACAAACAAAAGAAACAUUGCAUCUGGGUAGGAAUUACGUCUCUUCCUCAUGUCAGUUAAAUAAACCAGUGCAGGAAAGUAAAAAUGUUCUCUCAGAAAACUCUGCAAGUGAAUCCAGCGUGCAUAUCUAUCCAGAUGAGUACAAAAAAGCUGACAUCCUGGCUGAAAUGGUGCAAAAAGGCCCUUACAUAAGCAGUUCAACAUCUCUAGCCUUCAGUGGGCGAACAACAGAGACACUUCUUCCUGGGUGUGACAUGCUUCCAGCAUCUCAAAAGCCAGCAGAUGCAACUGGCUGUCACAUUAAAGAAGCUUGUAUUGAAACUACUUGGAAAGCUUCUUCUAAAAAGAGUGUCUGUCAGAACAGAUGCUCUUCUAGCGAAGACAGUGAUGAGGGGCACGUGGAUAAAAUCCUGAUUUAUGAGCAGCAGAAAAGGCAACUGAACCCUGCCCAGUUUAAAAAAUGUUUUACAAAGAAAUGGAGUAGUGUUGUUACUAGCAAAAGGACAAACAGUGACUCAGCCCUUACAAUUAAGGGGAAGAAGAAAACUACCAGUUUAAAGAAAGAUGUUAAUAGCUUCUCAGUUCAGGUAUCUCCAAAACCAUCCUCUGUACAGGAAGUUAAUUGUUCCCAAAGUCCAGAGCAACCAGUUGAGAGAUUGGUUUCUGGUCCCACACAGCAAGACAAAAGGGCUGUUCUGAAUUAUGCAUGGGCAGACAGUCCCCUUCCCCUGUCUGAAAGACUGAAAGGAAGAAUCAAAAUCAAUUAGGCUUUCCAUAAAAUAGAUUAUGAUUACAAUUAAUUAUCAGUUAACUAUCGGUUAACUGUCAGUUCUUGAAGAGUUCUUUCCUGAAGUUUCUGCAGUAUGCUCUAUCAAUUUUAUGUGGACACAGUUUUGAUGAAUAGGAAGUGCUGUCACUGGAGCUGAAGUUUGAAACUAUCAUGUUAACAAGAGUACCAAACAGUUGAUUGUAGGCAAGUAGCAGUUAUUCUGGCCGUAUUUACAUUCUGAACUUGAUACAUAAGCAUCAGGAUACAAUAUGCAAGGAUGAGGGAGAUUUAUUUAAGAAAUAAGGGUGUUUUUCCCAACCAAUUGUGAGGAUUUUGUGUACAGCUAUUAGUCUUGCUUAUAAACACACUUGCUAGAAUAGUGCCUACAGUGCUGUUGGAUACUCUAAAUAAGACAAAGUGAUGCAGCAUUUUUAACUGAAAUUCUCCAUUCUGCUCCACUAACUUAAUUUUUGCAAAUUUUGAAAUGGGUUUUGAAAUCCUGUGUUUCUGGUUGUGUUGACAAUCUCUGAAGAACCAAAUAGAGACACACAGCAGAUGUGCCUUGCACAGUAGCUAAAUUUGCAUCUCCCAUGCCCCAUAAUAAGCUGUUCUUUGGGGGUGUGCCUCUUCCAAAGGGUGGAAUAAACCAUGAAAAGAUACUCUGGUUUUAUAGCUAUCAUAUCUAAGGAGAUCUGAUGACUGUUUUAAUUAAUCAGUUACAGUUUAAGGCAUUUUUUCUUAAAGAAGGUUGAAAUCCCAUCUAACUUGCUCUUCAAUUCAUAACAGAGUGAAAGUUAAGUUACAGAAAAAUCUAAUUAUCAUAUUGCAAAUUCUUUGAAUAAUAUCAUGUAAAUGUUUGGGGUUUUUUUAAAAGAGGAGACCUGAGUACAAUUAUAGUUUUGAAGGUGCUCUUCCUGCCUCUUUAUUAUAGAAGCAAUCUCUGUUCAUACACCAAAAAAAGUUGUCUUCAACUGCCUGUUGAAGGAAUGCCUCCUUGUCUAUAUUUCUUUGUAACUCUUUCUGUGCACCAGCCAGAAGGAAGAUGGCUCUUGCCAAGAUAUAUUGUUAACAAGAGAAAAAGUAUUGGAAACUUAUUUUCAGUUUUGGAGAUGGUCUUUCGUUUGUGGAGACUCUAAAGCACCCAGCUGGAAGAAUAGUAUUGUGAAGGAGAGUAAGAGUCACCUGGGAACUGGAAAUAGAGAGAUUCAUAGCAUGACAGAAUGGUUUGGGUUGGAAGGGACCUGAAAAUCAUCUAGUUCCAACCCCCAUGCCAUGGGCAGGGAGCCAUUCCUUAUCAGAGAGAUCUGAGUGGGGGGUAUUUUGUGGAAAAGCAUUGUUCUCAGUUAUGUAUAAUUUUUUUUUUCUUGCUGAUGAUUUUGAAUACUGAAAGUUGAAAUCAAGAGUUUAAAUUUUCAUUAAUAAAGAUGCCAACAUCACAUGAACAACCUAAAUUUUGUUCCGUCCCAGGGUAUGGGAAUGUGCUCUUUUGUUGGGGGAUCAUUCAAUUUCACCCACAAUGUGGAGAUAUCUGUGGUUUAGAGCUUUCUUUAGAACUGGGGAGCGAAAGUAGUUUUUGGAGGGAAUUUUCUUUGCUUUCCAAAUCUGCUUGGGAUGACUGCUUUAAAGGAUGAGGAGAUGAAAAUACUGUGCCAGAAUUACGACUAGUUCAUAUUUUGUGGAUGAUUGAAGUCAGAAAUGAGAUAUAAGAUAUUAAGGACUGCAGAGGAAAAAAUGUUAUGUUGCUGAUUUUUCCUACUAAUUAAUCUGGUUUCACAAGUCCAGUUCAAGCAUGAAAAGCAGAAAAUUUUUAAUUUUUUUCAUAUGGAAUGCAUCCAAAUUUUGUGCCAGUUUCCUGCCACUAGAGAAGCAGCAACAGAUGUGAAAAAACAACUGUGUAUGAUGCUCCCUCUAUUUAGGCUGUAGCUACUCAUUGCAGAAAAUAAAAACAUUUAUCAUUGGGGGUGACUAUUGCUUGAAUUAAACUUGUGAUUCAUUACAGAAGGGUAAUUAAAGUUUUUAAAGUGUUUUGGUUUCUCAUCUUUAUGUAAUUUACUCAGUCUAAGGAUUAGGGAUGAUUUUUCUUUGGAGCUUUUUACUCUGCUGACUGCUUUGCAACAUCUCACACUUGUGAGAAUGAUGUUUAAAUAAAUUGAGGGGGUUUAAGGUAACUUUCUUCUGCAGGGAAUAUUUCUACAGGAUUAUGUUAAACUGCCUGUAAGAAUAAAUCAAUUGAUGCAUCAACCU